AUGGCAAAUGCCAACACACUGCGGCCUUCCAUAGGCCGUCUCGCCACCCGCGUAACCAUCACGCCCACACGAGCCGUCACGGCGCAGUUCCUCUCCUCCACCGCCGCCCCCUUCUCGACUUCAACGGCACAAUGCAAACGCAAGACUCGCGAUAACAACCGCCUCCGUGGCGUCAGCGCCCUUCGACGUACAGGGCCCCGCGAGCCCCUGUCUGUGUCGUGGGACGAGCUCCCCAAGCCGGUGGACUUCAAACCCAGGAUCGACACGGACGCGGACCAUGGGCUUUGGGGUUUCUUCUCGGCCGAGGGCAAGCUCAUGAACCAGCCAAAGGAGGACGAGGCACAUGGGCGCGCGUGGACAGUGAAGGAGCUGCGUGAAAAGGGCUGGGAGGAUCUGCACGCCCUGUGGUGGUCUUGUUGCCGUGAGCGGAACAGGAUCGCGACGCCAACGCGGAGCGCAUCCGCGCCCCAAACGAUGCAAGGCAUCAAGCACGUCCUGACCGAACGGUACUACCUAUGGGAGGACGCCCGCGAGCUGGCGAAGACCGACCCCGAGAUCGACCUGUCAGGGAAUGGCGAGGCGUACCAGCCUUCGUACGAGCGUGGCGAAGACCACCUCGUCGCUGAGCCGAGCGAGGCCACACUCGAGGAUGCUACACGGAAGACCGAUGCAGCUGCCUCCACCGCCAACGUCGAGGGCGUCCAUGUCGACCCCUCCACAUUGCCAGCCGGCGACAAGGCGCCGGUGCAGUCGCAGAAACUAUAA